AUGGUUCUGUUUGGUACUGUUCGACAGCUUUUUCGAACACAGAAAUGGUUCUCAAAUGCUGUGGCUCAAUUUUCGGAUCAAUCUUCUAUAAAGAUCGCUCAAACAGCACAUGAUUACAAUCCGGAAUUGCGAUUAGAGAAUGAAAAUAUAGAAACAAAACGGUCUCGUUUAUUGUAUCAAAGUAAGAAGCGUGGUAUUCUGGAAAAUGAUAUAUUGUUGGGUGAAUUUGCAAAUCAAAUGUUGCAAAAAAUGAGCAUACAGCAGUUAAUGCGUUACGAUGAAAUUAUUAAUGGUGAAUAUAUGGAAUGGGAUUUAUACUAUUAUAUGUCCGGAAGAAAGGAUUUACCCGAAGAUUUGAAAAGUUGUGAGAUGCAUUUGGGUAGGGCUCUGAUGACAUUACUGACCAGUAUAUUGCCUAUUUCUGGAAUCCAGACAAAUCCGGUUUCAGUUCCUAAAGGACAGAAACAUGGAAAUAUUGUUAUUGCUGCUGUUAUUUCAACACCACUUCUACCAGACAAUGAUGGUUUUGGUGUUUGCGAAUUAGAAGGUUUCGAUUUGAAUCCGACUGGUCCAUUAGUACCAUGUAGUUUUCUUGACGAAAGAUGGGUUGAUUGUGAUGCGCCGGUGGAUGUAUCAUCCAUUCCUGGAGCUAAUAAUACAAAAGUAGAUGGUGCAUGCGUUACAUGGGGUGGCACACGUUACGAAAACGUGGAGCGAACAAAUGUAACUUGCCGAGUUUUGCCAUGCAUUGAAUGUCGUGGUCCACGGACAUUCUUGAGACAAGUACCCUGCAUUAAAUACACGGGUCAUUACUUUCUGUCAACACUAUUAUAUUCACUAUUUCUGGGGAUUUUAGCGGUAGAUCGUUUCUGCCUUGGUUAUUCAGCUAUAGCAGUUGGUAAAUUGAUGACGCUUGGUGGUUUAGGAUUGUGGUGGAUUGUUGAUAUAUUUCUUCUGAUUACGGGAAAUUUAUUACCUGCGGAUGGAUCUAACUGGCAACCAUAUUAUUAA